AUGAGAAAUACUUUCAACAGUGAAAAAUCAAGCGGAGAAUUAAAUUCUGCAGAAACCGAUGCACCACGCAAAAUUUUACUACACCGGAUAAAGCGUUCUGAUUGCAUUAUGAUUGGGCAACGUUUCAACACAAAAUCCAAACGCCGUCUUUUGAUUGGUCAGCUCCUAGGUCGUCCAAGGUCGUCCAAGGUCGUCCAAGGUCGUCCAAGGUCGUCCAAGGUCGCCCAAGGUCGCCCAAGGUCGUCUGGAUUUUUAGGGGCUAUUUUUUUUCUUGGUAUCUCUCCAACAUUCUUCGAAUUACCUGUACCCAUGGCAACUCUUGUCUCUCUCAAACUUAGUUGUCACAUCUGUUACCGUCCGUUCAUUGGGGCAACAGAAUUAAAAAGCCAUCUUGCACUUCUCUUUCGUUUAAAGAUUACUACCACCACUGGCAAAACCAUUUAA